AUGAAAGGGCAACCAGGCACGCCACAAUCUUGGUCAAAACAGCAAUCUGGUUACAAUGAUAUGCAGCUGUAUCAACAGCAGUUAAUGUAUAGACAGCUCCAAGAGUUUCAGAGGCAGCAACAGUUUCAUCAGUUGGACCAGGAAGCAUGGCAGCAGAGUUCACCAAACCAACUUUCUUCUCUUUCGAAGCAGGCAGCUCUUGAUCAAUUGCCCCCUGUGGUAAAUGGCAUGCCCGUUUGUGAUGCACCUAAAUACGCAUGGCAAAGUGGGAGUACGGGAUGUGAAUCAAGGACGCCAAGCAGUUCACAAAUGUAUGCUGCUGGAAACAUGAACUGGACACAGAGUGUGGGGGGUACUAGUGUUCACAGGCUGUCAAAUGGUGUCGUCUAUCCACAGGAUCAGGGACAGGUAUUGCAGUCAACUGGACAUCCUCCACAACAAGUCGACCAGUAUUUAUAUGGUACACCUAUUUCUGGCAAUAAAACCUCAUCGAAUCAGUUUUCCAGCUUUCAAGUUCUAUCUAAUGAUGGUGCUGACACAAUGGCUAGAUCUGUUGGUAACCAACUUGAAAAACUGCCUAUGCAGUUCAGUGGCUUUAAUUCUUUCCAUAGUGAUCAAGGUUUAUUUCAGGGGCAAAUGAAUGUGCAAGAUGAUCCUGCUGUUAAUCAGAGGUUCCCAGGAAAAGCUUCGUUUUACCAGCUUCCCGUUCAUAAUGUAAGAAGCGAAAACAUGUCUGAGAAUUUUGAGCAGUUGAACAGCCUGGGAAGAAGCAUUCAAGUUCAGGAUUUUAGAGGUAGCCAGGAACGAGCAGAUUGGACAGGAAGCUCACGUGAGAAAACAGCACAGGCUGGGGCCCAGGAACUGGUUAAAUUGGACGCGACAGAGCAGAAACUUUUGUUUAGUGCAGACGAUGAUAGUCCUUGGAAUGCAUCAUUUGGCAGUGGUAAUACUGAUUCUGGAGCCGCGUGCAGAAACCUUCUAGAUGGUAAUAAUAGUUUUAACGUAUUUCCAUCUCUACAGAGUGGUAGCUGGAGUGCACUCAUGCAGUCAGCUGUAGCUGAGACUUCUAGCGGUGACACUGGAUUGCAGCACGAGUGGAAUGGCUUGAGCUUUCAGCAGAAAGAACACUCCAGUGGGAACGGUCCUGCAAUGUUUAUCGACUAUGGGAAGCAACAAACUAGUUUGAUUGAAAACUUGCAAAGUGAAUCUUCUAUAACUCCUAGACCUUUCCCUUUAUUUGAUGACACGGAUGUGAGUUCACACGAUCAAGCUGCUACUAUGUUCCAUCAGCCUUCUUUUAAAUCUGUUUACAAUCGUGAUCGUGAAUUGCACGCAGAGAUCUCUCAUCAAUGUCUUCAACAAUCAUCUAAGGAUGCCAACAGUCAGGUAGAUAAGAGUCAACUUCAUUCCCAGUUUCAUGGGGGCAGUGAACCACAAAUGCAUUUUAGAGAUACCUCAGCUGGUACUUGGACUGGGCAAUUAUGUGAGCAACCGGCAAGCACUGUGCCAGUAGAAGCGAGGUCAAAUCCACUGAACAUGCAGGACACCUGGGCUCAGCAACAGAAUAUGCCCUCGUACAAUAUUGGUACACAAUUAUACAAUAAGAUGAAUGGUUGGAGAAUAAAUGAAUCGAGUGGGGACGCUGCCUUAAAAGUUCAAGAUCUUGGAAGUCCUGCACAGCAGUCCCAAGCGAGUAGUCCUACAGGAGCCAUGCAUAUAAGAAAGGAGCACGAUGGAAAUAUGGGGAAAACUGAUGGAAAUCAAAAGUCUGCUCGUAUUUCUCGUUCGACUGGUGGUUUUAGUUUGGGAAAAUCCGAAAUGGGUAUUCCCCAGGUGCAAACUGGGGAUCUUCAUAUGGGUACCUUUGCUGGGGUUAAUUUAUAUAAUUCUAAGUCAACUCAGGAUAUGAAUCAACGAUCUCUUACAGCGCAUCAGUCUGAUUAUGGUUUGCAUGUGCCAUCUGAUUAUUCUAGAAAAUCUAAAGGGAACGAGGAUGUGGGAAAAUACCAGAAUACGGUAAAUAACAGUUCUCAAGUGUGGGAAUCAUCUAUGAACGUCUCCACUAAGGCUUCUGCUGAAGUUUAUGACAGAAGAAAGGAGAAGGAUGUCCAGAAAGAGGUGUCUGAUGAGGGUUACAUCUCUGCUAAUUCACAUUCUGGUGAGGGUAUUGAUUCCGGAUUUUUGGGGAGGGUUAAGGCUUCCACACUUUUCGGAAUUCCAUCGCGUCCUGCUAGUGGCAGUGGAAAUGCCUCGGGACACAUUGGUCAAAGUACUUCAGGUCCUAGGAGGUUUCAAUUCCACCCGAUGGGAAAUUUGGGGGAUAACGCGGAACCUGAUACCCCAAAACGUAACCUCUAUGCACAGGGAACGUCCCAUAUGCCACCUCAUGGACUGAAGAAUCAGGACCAAGGAUAUAUCAGGCCAUCACAGUUUGCUGGUCGUUCUGCAUCUAACAGCACAAGGGAUGUAGAGAAGGUAAAUUGCUAUUCUUUGAAUUUGACGAUGAUUUUAGAAAUAUUUAUAUGUUGAUUAUUUUUCAAUGGUUAUUUUUUUUGGGAAUGUGGUCCAAGCUAAUUCUUCUUUCCUGCAGAAUUCGUUUGAUUCCCAAGGAAAUGUAAAGGGAACGGAGAAGGGACACCCUGGUGGCAAUAACUUCAGUCGUGAUUCUAACAUUCCUGAUUCAUUUGAUGAAUCUGCAGCAUUUUUGGCACAAAACAGAACUGGUCAGACGAGGUGAUUUUCAUCAUUUUUUUGUUUUAAAAAUUCAUAUUUCUUUUAGCUUUUUUAUUGUUAUGCGAUCUUUACUCCGAGACUUUAUCAUCUUCUUUCUUACCCGUCCUUAGGGUCCUGGGUUGGCUUUCUCGCCUUAGUUGGUUUUCAAGUCUGGUGUUUCCAGAGUUUACCAUUUGCAUUCUCGCUGUCUCCAUAUCCGGAAAGAGUUUACCGUUUGUGAUGACGAAAUUCCCAUAUGUUUCUUCUGCAACAAGUGAGAUCCUUUGACAUUAGUUUUGAAUUUGAUAUCUGCAGUCAAAAUAUGCUCGAACUUCUUCAUAAGGUGGACCAAUCAAGGGAUACCAACUCCAUCGCUAGUCAUGGUUUUUCCAAUCGUAAUAUGAUAUCUGAGAGGUCUGAUGCCGCUUCUGGUAUGCCAUCUACUUCACAACAGCCUUCCACUUUACAAGGGAUGGGGUUACACUUGUCCCUGCCAUCACAACAUCAAUCAAUGCUGUCAAAAGCUGUUCUAGAUCAUAAUUCAAGGCAUUUUGAUUCAGCUGUGCAAGGAGAGAAAAACCAGAUGUAUCCAACUACAUCAGUUUCCGUUCGAUCUCUGACCACGAUGCAUGAAACUCCUCAAAGGGAAACUUUGAAUAAUAUGUCGCACUCAUCUGAACAGCCUGGCAAGGAAAUCUCUCAGACAACGUCGAUUACUUCUUCUAGCCCGCGUUUCUUCCCACUCGACUCGCAACAAUUGCAACAGCAUCAACAACAGCUCUCUGUUUCUAGUGGACAUUUCACAACAGAACAGUCAGUGAACAUGCCUUCUCGUAACCAGAUUGACCCCGAUGUACACACAAAAGAUCCUUCUGAUGGCAGACUGACCAAUGGCUCGCUUAGCAGAGACAUACAUGGUGAAGCUUUAGCAAAUCGACCUAGUCAGGUAUUGUUACCAGGUGUAGCCGGUCAGGUUGCACCUUCCAGGCUAGCUUGUCCAUCUGAUACUCGCCAAGCUCCAUCGACCCAUCCAUAUUCCGGGGACAUGGGCCUACCUCCGGCAACAAGCACGUCCGCUUCUCAUCCAAGAAGCUCAAUACCCGGGUUGGGUGUACGGUCAGUUUCACAACCUUCAGUCAGACCUGGUGUGUCCCAGCAGGGAGCAUUCUCCGCUAUGCUGCAAAAUGUAUGGACAAAUGUAUCUGCUCAGCGGCGCUUACCUGACAAGCCAAGCCCAAAUUUAUCUCAGUCUGUCCGCUCUAGCCCGUUGGAUACAAGCCCCUGGUUGUCAAAUAGGUCUGACGAUCGAGGGAGUCAGAAAGGACAAAGUACUGCUACUUGUUCAAUAGAUUCUCAACAUAGUACCGUGGGGGAGCAACAGGCAAGUAAAGAGAAUGCUGUGCGUCAAAUUCUGUCCGGGAGGUCAGAUAUUUCUCCACAUGGAUCUGGUGCCACUCAAGUGGGAGAAUCUUUACCAAAGCAUUCUGCUGCUGGAAACUCUUCUUUGGCCAUUCCAUCCUUUGUACAGUUAUACCAGCAAGACAUUGGUAGGGCAAAGCUCGAGCAAGGUUCACACCUUGAAAAGCAACCGAGCCAUUCUUCGCUGUUGAAUAUUGCCUCUUCUGGCCGUGAUAUUGGUUCUCCCAGCCAUCGUUUAAAAUCACCUGAUGGUCAGCAUCCAAAUUACUCUCUUCUGCAACAGGUUCAGGCAAUGAAGGCAAUUGAGUCGGACCCCAACAAACGGCUUGGGAAGAGGCUGAAAGCGGCAGAUUCUGCUCCUGAUUCCCAGGAAAUGACUGGGAAAGCACCUCAGACAUUAAUUUACGGAUAUAAUGCUGUAGCUAGAGUUCCCUCGUAUAAGGAGUUAAAUUUAAGUGGUAGUCAAAGUCCGUUUCCAUCUGAUACCAAGAUGCUAUGUUUCUCAUCAGAGGCCAGUGCCAACGAGAGUGUGGUUGGACCUUCUCAAGUUAUUCGGAAAGAGGUGCAAUCUCAGGUUUUGACUGGUAUCAGUCCUAAUGAUUCUCAGAAUCAACCUCGUGGUCUUAGUAUCACCUCCAACUCAUCUCCAUCAGCAGGAAUCUCACCUUCCCGGAUUGAUCCACAGAUGGCGCCGUCAUGGUUUGAUCAAUAUGAAAACUUAAAAAAUGAGCAGAUUUUAUCCACGUACAAUUCAUUAGGUGAUCAGAAAACUGCAGGAGCUGCUGUCCAGCGUUUGUCCUUUCCAAACGUUUCCAGCAGCACGGACGUGCCUAGUUCUGCUGGGAAAAUGAAUGAUUCUGAUCAGGUUGAAUCUGUUUGGAGAAGGAGUUUAUCUGCUGCUGCCAACGAGCAUCCUUCCCCCUUUCACACACCUGCGGAUGCUGUUGACCAUGAUCUGAUCCAAAGACCAAAGAGGCAUAAACCUUUAUUGUCGGAACGCUCACCUUGGCACAAAGAAAUCACGCACGAAUCUGCAAGGCUACCGAGUGUCAGGUAGUCUUACACAAAAAUAAAGACAGUUUUCUACUUGUCUUUGACCCUUUUCCAUGCUUUUGAAAUGUUUCUUGAAGAACCGGUUUAGUGGCAUUUCAUUCUCAGGUUUUCUUAUUUGGAUCUAAAUUCUUAAGUUUUCCUGUUGACAGUAUGGCCGAAGUUAGCUGGGCACAUACUGCAAAUAGACUGAUUGACAAGGUUUGCCAGAAGCUUUUCUUUAUUUUUUUCCAAUAGUAUAAUUAUUUUUGGCUUUUCAUGCGCCGGAAGGGCCUUUUUUUGGGAUGAUGUGAAAAAUCUAAGAGAAAAUAUUAGAGGAUGAUUUUGGAAUUAUUUUUUUCAAACAGGUUGACGAUGAAGUUGACAUGGGUGAGGAUAUACUGUACGGACCCCGGGCCCGUAGGAGACUUAUAUUGACUACUCAGCUGAUGCAGCUGCUGCUUCCUGCUGUGCCCAUGAAAAUCCUUUGCUCGGAUGCCAACUUACAUCAGGACAGUGCGACGUACCUUGCUGCUAGACUGGCUCUAGGGCGUGCAUGCGGUGGCAUGUCAAGCUCAAGAAGGGGCUCCACUGUUCCAUCAAGCGGCGCUGAUCUGUAAGUUCUGGGUCUCAUCUCUAUGCCAUUUGGUCUCCUACACUUUUUCUUCUCUAUCUAGUGACAGAUAUUUUCAGACAAGAGCUAUCCCUCUUUGAUCACCAUUCGCUCCACCCUCUUUGAUCUGUCUAGGGCGUCUGAGAGACUUGAGACCUCGGAAAGGGACGGAGACGGGUUUUUCUCGAAAGUUGCAGAGGACUUCAUCGCCAGAGCGAGGAAGAUGGAAGGUGAUCUAUCAAGGUAAGAUGAGCUUCCAUUCUUCACCUGGUUUUAGUGUGUCCCCGUAUGGUACUUCUCCGCCUGAGACUUUACUGCCCUCCUCCAUUUAUUUGAUGUUGCAGGUUGGAGAGCGGUGCCUCGGUUCCGGACGUGAGAGUCGAGUGCCAGGACCUGGAGAGGCUCUCCUUGGUCAACCGCUUCGUUAGGUUCCAUAGCCGGGGUCAACCCGGAGGAGUCGAGAGCUUGCCGACGACCUCCGAGGCGGCGGCCGCUGCCACCCCCACCCCCCGGAGGAUAUACCCCCAGAGAUACGUGGCCGCCCUGCCGAUGAUGCCCGGAAGUCAACCUGAGGGAGUGACCUGCCUCUCUCUCUGA